AUGAAAGAUUACAAGGAUUUAAAAAUCCAACGACUCGAAGCGAUCGUAAAGGACAUCUCGGCCAAGAUACACCGAGCAACAACCACUGCCCCCAACUUGGAGAAGGUGCUCGAAGAGGCUCAACGCUCACCCUUCACGACAAGAAUCUCUAGCGUUCGCGUUUGUUAUAUCAACAAGUUCAAGUUCAUCACGUACAACGGGCUAACCGACCCAAAACUUUUCUUAACAUCGAUGAGUGUUGCAAUCAACCGAGCACACUUUAGUCCUGAAGAAUACGAUGCCGGAUGCUCCAAUUCGAUAGAUAGCUACUACGAGCUCACCGCUGCUUUCCUACAACACCACUCGACCUUUAUGAUAAAGGGGACAUCUAACGCCGAUCAAUGGACGAUGUACCAAGAGGACGACGAAUCGCUCAGAGAGUUCAUGGAACGAUUCAAGAAGGUUGUUUCAAACCUCGCCAUUGCAAACGAUACUGCGAUCUCCGCUCUCCAAAAUGCUCUCGCAUAUGGAUCUCGCUUCAGGAACGAUAUUAUCAUAUACGAGCCUCUGACUCUUGACGACGCACUGCACCAAGCUAGCAAAUACAUCGAGGUGCCUACCUACAGCUUGGCGCCUACCUCAAGCCUUGUGCCUACUUACAGUUUUGCGCCUACCUCAAGCUUGGUGCCUACCUCAAGCUCUCUCACACUUGCCUUCCUCACGCUUGCCAUCCUUGUGCUCGCCUCCCUCGCGCUUGCCACUCUCGUGCUUGCCGCACUCACAGUCGACGCUCUCACGCUCGCCACCCUCUUGUUCGUUGUCCUCAUGGUCGACGUUCUCACGCUCACCGCCCUCAUAGUCGACGCUCUUAUGCUCGCCGCCCUGAUAUUCGACACUCUCACGCUCCCCGUCCUCAAACUUGAUACUCUUGCGCUCGCCUACCUCACACUAAACAUUCUCAUUCUUGGUGGAGACCUCAACUCUCAUUAUUGGUGGAAACCUUAA